ACUCCAAGCGAGGGAUGUAUCCAGGCGUGCCGACCUGGAGGAGGAAGAAAUAACUGCAAUAGUCAGCUGCUGCGAAGGAAAACGAAAUCGAAAUAGAGAAGUUUCCCUUCUUUCGUAACCGGAAGUUUGGCGAAAUGCAACUGUAGGGUGGAAAACGAAUACAUCUAAAAGGCCCCGUUGCUUGAAACAGAGGAAUCUGACAGAAAAUCAGAAGAGGACAAACUAGAAGCUUUGCAUCUGCACCCAGAAUGUCAUUCUAUAAGGCAACGAAAUCUCUGGCAGAGCAACUGGACCCAAAAGGAGAACUCAUUGCAGUAGACAGUAUUGUAGACCAAAAUAAUUUUAGGCCUCUUUGCCUGGUGCACAGCAGGAGUAAUAAUCCGUGGUGGAAGAAACACCGGUUCUAUAAAACCGGAUACAAGCUAUGUGAUGUGCUCUCAGUAGAAGACCAUGCUGCACAAAUGGAUGUCCAGGAUUCAACCUCAAUUCACAUUGUGAACCAAGUGGAUGGAACAUUGGAGGGGGAUAUUGGUGGACAAGUUGAAUCAGCUGCAGUAGAAGUGAAAGGUGCUGCCAGCCAGUCCCACGAAAGAUCUGUGAAGGUGAAAAAGAUAUAUGUUUCCGCUGAAGUCCUUGAUUCUAUAAUAAGGAAAGGGAAAAUCAGAAUGGGCCAUGAGUUAAUUAAGCAAUCAAAGGAGUUUCAAAGGAACCUGCAUGUGAUCACUGAAGCAAUAGAAGUUGUGGAAGAGACACAGUUUGAUGAAUCCAGCAAAGCUGAAGGUGGCCUCUUUUACGAAGCCUGGAUCAAGAUGAGGGUGAAGGGUACCAGAGGCACUAAGAAAGCCAUUCUCAUCCCCAAAAACUGCAUCCUGGCAUUCACAGUUAAGCAACUGCGAAUCCAAGGCAAUUUAGCAGGUGUUUAUCUCUACUCAAAUAAGAAAACAAGAACUUUUGAUGGACUUCAGGCUGAUACAGCAUCAGUUGAAUGUUCUCGGAUUGCAAGAAUGAAGAGAGCUGGAAUAAAGCAGGCAGAAGGGCACUCAGGUUAUAGAAAAGAUGUCUGUGAUGUUGAAAGUAGAAACCUGGAGGAAGAAGUUAAGCAGGGAUAUGCAGAAUUCUCAUUGUUAUCUACAAAUCUGCGUGGCAAGUUUCUAAAAGGUUUUUUGGGUAUAAUAAGAGACAGUGACCUCCUCCUACAGCUGGAGGACCAGCUGGAACAGGCUAUUGACAAAAAUGAUCAAUUGAAGCUGAAGGCUGGUAAGCCAGAGGUGCAAGGCCUGGUGGGGAACUUGCAUGAUUCCAAUGGAGUUCUGAUCACCAGCCUUGCUGAGACGGUCCUCUACUUCCUUCAGGCUUUAAAUGAAUUGGCAGAGUUCCAGUUGAUGCUCCUGGCAGAAUCUGUAGAAAAAAAGAUUGUGUCACAGCAACGGACACUGGUCAAGAGCAUCCUAGAUAACGAUUUUGGCAACAAUGAAAAGAGUUUCCCUAUAGAUACCCAGCGUUUAACUGGAAAGGACCUGACUCUAACUGGAGCAAUGAUUGAAUUGAGUGGAGUGACCAUGAAAAAAGUUGAAUCCAAGCUUGUUGGGACUGGAAAGCCCCUUGCUUCCAAAGCCCUCAGUGCCCUGUAUGUGGCUCUGUAUGGAUUCAGUCUUCUCUGCCCAUGAAAGGAUAGCUUAGAAAGCUAAUGAGUUAGUUUGGUUCUACAAAAGAAAUAACUCAUAUAUCAUCCUGAACCUCUUGAAUGAACAGCAUGAUAUAAGGAUGAUUAAGACUAUCCUGUUAAUACUUGAGACCCAUCAAAUUUAAUGAGAUUGACUUCGGGUAGAAUAUAUAGGAUUGUGCUGCAAAAUACAUGUCUGACAAAAAAUACAAUUUCUGACUUUGGGCCACAUUGCACUUUGUAGCUUCCUAAAUCACAUUUAUGGCAUGCCUUGAUUCAGCAGUAUGUAAAAUGCUUGCUUGUUUUUAAUUAUAUAUGAACUUCACAGACAUGCAUCAAUCUCUCACAGAGGGGUAGGCCCAAUAAUAAGCUAUGGGUGGGAUGAUGGAGCUGAAGUCCAGCAGCCUCUGGAGGGGCACAAGCACCCACCCCAGACUAAACCAAGGCCACUCCCAACAACAUUGAUUAUAUUAUGUGUACAUAUUUUGUAAGUUAUAAGGCAUAUCAGAAAUGCAUGAUUCUGUAGACAUUUUCUCUUGUUGCAACAUCUAUAAAAAAAUUUAACCAUC